AUGGCUUCGACUGCUAAGCACGUGCUUAGAUGUUACAAGAAGCCAGAAGAUUCAGAAGAGGAAUUUGUCGUUCCCCAUAUGGAUAUUUCAUGUCUUAGGACAUCGAUGGCCUAUCAGAAAGUCUUGGAAGAGCCCUGGACAUGUCUUCAUAAUUGGGAUUCAUUAUCGCCAUCACAUCAACAAUCUAUAAUGCAAUCUCUUAUUGAGGAACUGACUGAAAUAAAAGGAUAUCUGGCAAUCUCGCAGGAUGUAUUCACUCAGACCCCAACCCAAGAUAAUUGGCAUGCAAGCGAAUUUACUAUUUGUAUUCAGGAUGUUUACUACAAAUGCCUUCUAAUUAAUAAAAAAAGUUCUUUUGAUCUACUUAUAUGA